ACAUCUCGUAUUAGGAAGUCGAUUCACAUCGAUGGAGUGUCGGAACCGAUCAUGGGAUCGGAUCCUGACGGAGAAAUGCUGGCGGUGCCCAUGCAGCGUCGCCGACCGUGCGACGCCGUGUUGGUGUGCGAAAUUUCUUCGUUGAGGCGCACGUGACGUUAGCGAGGCUGCUCAAUAGUGGGUACGGGAGGUUUGGAUUGUUAGAGCACGAGGAGGGUGUUUGGCUUCGAGGUUUGAAGAAGUUGGGUGCAUUCGCGGUCGAGAAUUGAGUAGCGAUUGCAGUUGUCCUUCUGCAGUUUUCUCAAGGUUUGUGGUUGUGUGCAAAUUUGAGCUUCAAGAGAGUGUCGCAGUUGUGAUCGUGAUGAUCGGCAUGGUUAUGGUUUACGCUGGUGGGAAAAGAAACUGAGUGCUGAUCAUUCAUGGCCGAGGUAUCGACCUCGUCGAGUUGGGAGGAAUCUUACAAAAUUAAAACGAUGAUUGCGCAACCUUUGCAUACACCAAGUGUUACCAGAUUGGACAAGGCGAAGACGUCUGACAGGCAUAGACCAGUGCAACAAAACGACUCCAAGAAGUAUCUGAUUGCUGAAUCUCUUGGUUCUCGUCCCAAAACUGCAACUAACGGGUUCCACGGCGACUGUGAGAGGAGUUCAUCAUCCGGAAAUCCUGGUGUUCAUCUGAAGCACGCGUCAUGCAUAUCUGCGUUGCAAGGAUCUUCUCCUGGAGAUGCAAAGGCUACUAAGCCCUCUCGUAAAUUUAAAGAAGAAGGUGCGGUAUGUAAUUGUUCCUGUAAGAGUGAGAAUGAUCGUUGGCAGCAAGGGCAGUGGAGUGAUGAAGAAUGGGAAACUAAGCGCUUCACCACCAAGAAAGCUGGGAUGUGCAAGUGUAUAGCAGGAGCUGCAGUUGACUGUACAGCCGUUUGUUGUUGCCCCCUCUCUCUGCUACACCUUUUAGCUCUUGCGUGUAUCAAAAUGCCUACCCUUGUUGCCAUUCGAACCCUCAGGAAGGUGAAAUCCAAGCUUCGUAGGAAACACAAGUUUCAAGAAUUUAAUGACGACGAUGUUGGUCCGACAACCCCUUUGACGCCCUCUCUUUCACGGAGAGAGUCAAUGAGCGAAGUGACUUGGGUGCCGUCUGCUGGAUUUGGAGACUCUCGAAUGUGGCAAGAAUACUUCGGUCCUGAGACUGUUGAUCUUGCAAUUCACUAGAUACUCGUCUCCAACUGAUAAUUUUUUGAACAGAGCAGUAUGCGCGAUGAGGUAUACUAUAUUUCCCGAAGUCCCAUGUAACUGCGCACGAGGUCAACUCUUUCGCUUUCAGCAGGUUCACUCGAAACUUGAAGUGAGCGUCAAAGCCAGUGGUCCUUCAUGGAAAUGGUCAUCCCUUUCGGCUCGACUUUUUCAUUAUUACAGCGACAUUUUUUUCCUCAUUCAAAUCUGGUGUAGAGUGUUGUUCCUACACGUGCAUGCCAGUGGAUUCUUUGGAGGUCUUGUUUAUUGUAAGAGAUUUUGACUUGACCAUUGCGACUUGGUCUUCAAUAGUUUCUUGAGAAGGUGUCAGGGUGUCCUCUGUAUUCAGUUGAUGACAGGUGCUUCAAAGAAAAGUGACAGCUUUUGCAUUGUUGUUCCCGAUCUGUCUUUCUGUGAGAAUGAAAACAUUUCCACUGGGACCUGUAAUUGUAAUGUAAUUACAAUUUUUUAACAAAGGUUUACUUUUGCGCGAGAAUAUCA